AUGGGUCCCAGGCUUCUCUUGGUGUCUUUGUUGAUCUUACUUGUUAGUGCCGGGGCCCUUGGCAAAACUAACAGGAUUAAAACGACGUCUACCGUCGCUCCUACAAACGCUGAUGUUCAGGCUCUGAAGCAGAAGUCCCUUGCAAUGCAGCAGCAGGCAUCCCAGAAGACUCAGGAGCGGAUUAACGCUGAGCUGGCGGUUGGUGAGGCCCAGAAAGCUUACGACGACGCCGCGGCAGCUGUUGCCGCUGCUAGGACGGGAGUGACAAACGCACAGACGGCUAAGAAUGUUGCCUCGACGAUCGUCGGUAACGCCGCGAAGAACCUCGCUAAGGUCCAGUCUAAUUACGACAAGGCAGUCGCCAACGUGGCGGCCAAGAAGAAGUCGCUCGACACAGCCCAGGCUAAGUACGACGCUGAGGUGAAGAAGGGCGCUGGCCUCACGGGUUCGGCUAAGACGAGGCAGGACGGUGUCAUCAAGACUGCCCUGGCGGCCCUGACCAAGGCGCAAACUGACUACAACAAAGCUGUGUCUGACGCUAAGGCUCCUACCGACGCGUACAACCCCGUGAAGGCGGCUAAGGACGCCGCCGACGCAGCGCUGAAGGCGAAGGACAACGAUCUUACGGCCGCCCAGCAGAAGCAGGUGGAACUGGAGCUGAAGCUGUCGGAUGCGGAUACUGCUUUGGCGGCUGCCAAGAAGAAGGCUGACGACGCUAAGGUCGCGGAGACCCAGGCGUACACGUGGGCCUCCAAGGCCAACGAUGACUACACGACUGCUUACAAGGCGUAUACGACUGCGCAGUCGGCCACUUCUACCACUACUACUACGACGACCACUACCUCCCCAAGCACUACCUCCUCUAAAAUUCUGUGGAACGACGGCAAGUACCCUACUACAGGCGUGACGACGUGCACGGCUCCUCUGGACAUCCCCUGCACGGACAACUGUACCGACAACAGCGGUUUGAACGGACGCUACGUGAUUCCCAAUGGCGGGCGCUGCGGCACUGGCUUGACUCCCCGGUGCUUCGGCAACGCUGUUCUGCGCCGGCAGUGCUGCGCGGCGUGCACCAAUUCGACUGCGUGCUCCUUCUGGCAGCACUACAUCCCGUCGUCGCUCGCGUGCUCCAACUGCGGUAUCUGCUACCUGUACAAGCCCACGGACGCGCAGCCCACUUGCGAGACGCGCACGGUGGUUGUCGGCGGCGUGACGCGCACGGGUGCUCGUAUUUCCUCUUUCGUUUCUGAAUACCGCUUAAACUAG